CGGGGUGUCGGGGCAGGCGUCGUCCCUCGGCGGUCUGCGCCUGGCGCCGUGAGCAGUCCCGUCCCUUCGCCAGAGAAAUCCAACUUCUUGGAUGUCCUGUGGAGAGAGAAAGCUUUGGCAUGGAUUAUACAUUCACUUUUUUUUUCUUUUUCUACAACCUAAGGCAACAAUGUGUGCUACGUCUGAUAGAAGAAUUAAUUGUGGAAAAAAUCAAAUGGCUAUGUCACUUUAAGAAGCUGAUUUAAGAAUGUUUGUAUUUCAUGCCAAUAAUCCACAGCUGGGAAAGAUUAGUAGCCCAGUAGUCAAACAGAAUUUUUUUCCCCCUUGUUCAAAAAGAACAAGUAACAAACAUAUAUUUGCUGUCUGUUUCCUGAUUAUUCAGCAUUGAAUCUUUUUUUAUACUGAAAUCAUGAUGUGAUGAGUGGUAGAAUCUCCCCCUAGCAAACAUCCAACAACUGAAGACUGUGUGUCAAGAUGACCUCUGAGGAAAUGACAGCUUCUGUUCUUGUGUCUAUGGUACAGGGUAAAGUGAUACCUGCUCAGUCAGCUGGAGAUGAAAAUAGUGAAAAUGCUUUGAACACCAGUGUUAUAAAAAGACAUACUGCCAGUCCAAGAAGGCAAACUGCACACACACUUUCAUACUUGCAUAGACUUGAAGAAGAAAAUCUUCAGGGUGCUCUGCCCAAAAUAUUCUCUCUGGCAAAUGAAGAAAUGACUGAUGACAACAGUAAUGAGAACUUCUGGAAGAAAAACAGUUCCAUCCCUGAUUCAAUGGAAUUUGUUAAUAUUAACUAUAACGUUGUACAGAAAAACUAUAAAAGCAGUAUUCCGUGCAGCCAGUUAUAUAAAUCAUGUGAUUCUUUAGUAGGGGGAGAUACAUGCCUGAAAACUGGAAUUCCUGUUUCACUGGAAAGAGCCAUGCUUGCUGAAAUUCAGUUGAAAAUGGAUGGACCUUCAUUAAGAAGCCAGUCAGCAGUAAAUAAGAAUGAAGCUAAGGAGACUGAUAAGGUAGCCCUUUUUCACUUUCAUUGUGCUAGUGAAAGAAAUAUAUCAAAGACUUUGUGCAAUUUACACAACAGCUUCAUUUUGGAUAACUGCUUGCAGCCAGUAAGUACUAAUGAUGGAACCACCACUGGUUCUACAGCCUGCACUUGCAGAUUAAUGGAGUUGACAAAUAACUGUGAGAAUGGAAAUGGGCAACAAUUGUAUGAUGGUUGUGACACUUUAAGGGAUAAGUAUUUAUGUCUGGAAAGAGCAGCAAGAAAGGUUAAAGUGGCAUGCUCAGGUCACAGCUUCUGUGGAAAUAACUUUACUGGAAGAAUGCCCUCAAAGCUCUUUCUGAGCCAUUUUGAAGACUGCAGUGAUAACUAUGAGGAAGAGCUGGAGGAAGAUUUUUUUAGAAACAAAAAGGAACGUUCCACUUUAUUAAUAAGACGCUUUUGUAAAAAUGAUAAGGAGGUUAAAAAAUCAGUUUAUGCUGGAACGAGAGCAAUUGUUAGGGCUUUACCUUCAGGGCACAUAGGAACUGUGUCUUGGAAUUAUGUUGAGCAAAAGAGAAACAGCAGUGGCUUGAAGCAUUGUAGGAUUACAACACAACAACUAACUAUAAUUCAGUCCUUAAUAAAAUCGGAAUUUAAUUCCUUUCUUCAGAAGUCUUUAUGGUAUGAGAUCUUCAGUACAGUGAGAGAAGAAGAAGGAGCAGAAGAUGUUUUUGAAUAUUUUCCUCGUCUUCUGAGGAAGCUCCCAACUUUAGAUGCAGACUGUAUAUGCAAAGGUGUUGGUUUUUGUGUAAAACCAUGCGUAACAGAUGCUUACUGUCAAUAUCGUGCCACUUUACAGAGGACUGCUCUCUCUAACUAUAUAACUGGUGCUUUGCUGGAAGCGACGACAUCAUUAGGAGCAAGAAGUGGUCUUCUAAACAUCUUUGGAGGAUCAACUGGAAGAACAAUGCUUAAAGAACGUCAGGUGUGUACAUCUAUGGCUGGUUCCAGUGUCCUUCCUUCCAAUGUGGCUGGUAUCAGUAAAGAGCUGAUUGAACUACAGCACCUCAUUCAGUUCCCAGAGGAGGUUGCCAGCAUACUGACCGAGCAGGAGCAGGAGCUGUACCGGAAAGUCCUACCUAUUGACUACCUCUGCUUUUUAACCAGGGACUUGGGUAACGCUGAAUGUCAAAGCAAGCUUCCGAGUAUUCAAGCUUCCAUAUCUGCUACUAUUCUUUCUUCUCAGAAUGAUGAACAUAAUGCUGUAGAAGAUCUUGUGACAAGAUUUAAUGAGGUGAGCUCAUGGGUUACCUGGCUGAUCCUGACUGCAGGUUCUAUGGAGGAGAAACGAGAAGUCUUCUCAUAUUUAGUACAUGUGGCAAAAUGCUGCUGGAAUAUGGGCAACUACAAUGCUGUAAUGGAAUUUUUGGCAGGGCUAAGGUCAAGAAAAGUUUUAAAAAUGUGGCAAUUCAUGGACCAGUCUGAUAUUGAAUCUAUGAGAAGUCUGAAAGAUGCUAUGGCGCAACAUGAGUCAUCAUCUGAAUACAGGAAAGUGGUAAAUCGGGCACUCAAUAUUCCAGGCUGUAAGGUAGUUCCUUUCUGUGGUGUAUUUUUAAAAGAGCUCUGUGAAGUUCUGGAUGGAGCAUCAAGCCUCAUCAGACUCUGUCCACGAUAUAACUCCCAGGAUGAAACACUAGAGUUUGUUUCAGAUUACAGUGGACAAGAUAAUUUCUUGCAGAGAGUGGGCCAAGAUGGAUUAAAUAAUCCAGAAAAAGAAUCAACAGCAAACAAUAUAUUUCAAACUAUUCGGAGUUGUAAUCGCAGUUUGGAAUCUGAAGAGGGUGAAGAUAAUUUCAGUGAAGGGAGUGAUUCAAGAAAAAACUCUUUGAAGGACAGAAACCGGUACCAAUUUAUAAUUGGAGAUCUUUCGGAUUCCGAAAGUGAUAUAUUUGAGCAGUUGAAGGAGUGGGACACAAAUUCAGCUGAAGAGCAACAGAAAGCUUUUUGUCAUGGGAUAGAACUCAUUCCUUGGUAUGUGUUAUCAAUCAGAGCUGAUGUCCACCAGUUCAUGCUGCAAGGGGCAACUGUCAUUCAUUAUGACCAGGAGACACAUCUCUCAGCACGUUGUUUUCUUCAGCUUCAGCCUGACAAUAGUACUUUGACUUGGACAAAACCCACAACAGUUUGCCCUGCAAAUACUAAAGCAAAACUGAGUGUGGCAAGUAGUACUCCUGAGCUUGGUAAAUAUCAGUUUCUUGGCAAUACUGGACUAAAUGGAUUGGUGGAAGGUUUUUUGGAUUUGUUUUCAGCAAAGGCUGUAUAUAUGGGACACCCUGGCAUUGAUAUGCACACUGUGUGUGUUCAAAAUAAACUGUGUAAUAUGUCUCUUGAAGAAAAUGGUAUAACACUACUUUACGGACUUCACACUACUGAUAAUAAGUUGCUGCACUUUGUUGCUCCAAAAUACACUGCCAGAAUGCUAUAUGAUGGAUUGCUGGAAUUGUCUAAAGCUGUAAGAAAAAUGAGGCGCUUCCCUGAUCAAAGACUACAGUGGCUACGGAAACAGUAUGUCAGCCUUUACCAGGAGGAUGGAAGAUUUGAAGGCCCAACCUUGGCUCAGGCUGUUGAACUGUUUGGAGGCAGGCGAUGGAGUGCAAGAAACACAAGUGCAGGAACCCUUACCAAAAGCACUGAGAAACCUACUGUACAGAGAAACAACACUCUGGGAAUAAGCACAGCCAAGAAAAAGAAGAAAGUACUUAUGAGGGGUGAAAGUGGAGAAGCCACAGAUGAUGAAAUGGCAACUCGGAAGGCAAAAAGCUGUAAGGAAUAUCGUAAUAGAAGUGGUUCAGAUCCUCAAGAUAUUGAUGAACAAGAAGAAUCAGAUCAGAAUAUUAUUAUUAAUGCUUCUCCAUCUAACACCUUGUCAUCAAGAAGAGCUUACUCUCUGACAGCAUCUGCAUCUCCUAAUUUAGCAGCUGCAACAUCUUCACCAGCAAGACCAGUCUCCUCUCCUGUAAUAUGUUCAAGCAAGAAUCAGUCUAACACACGGAGCAGCAGUAGCUGGCAUGGCCGAGUUAAAGGAGGAAUGAAGGGGUUUCAGAACUUCAUGGUUUCUGAUAGUAACAUGACUUUUGUGGAAUUCGUAGAACUUUUCAAAUCUUUCAGUGUUCGCAGCCGGAAGGAUCUUAAAGACCUUUUUGAUGUCUAUGCAGUACCGUGCAAUCGAUCUGGGCUAGAGCCUACUCCACUUUAUACUAACUUGAAGAUCGAUGAAAAUAGCAGCGGAUUCCAGCCUGAUUUAGAUUUGUUGACUAGGAAUGUUUCAGACCUUGGUUUGUUCAUUAAGAGUAGGCAGCAGCUAUCAGAUAAUCAGAGGCAAAUAUCUGAUGCUAUUGCUGCUGCCAGUAUUGUAACUAAUGGUACUGGAGUUGAGAGCACAUCACUGGGAGUAUUUGGAGUGGGCAUCCAGCAGCUAAAUGACUUCUUAGUGAACUGCCAAGGAGAACACUGCACUUACGAUGAAAUCCUCAGUAUUAUCCAGAAAUUUGAACCCAGUGUGAAUAUGUGUCAGCAAGGGCUACUGUCUUUUGAAGGAUUUGCAAGAUUUUUGAUGGAUAAAGACAACUUUGCCUCCAAAAACGAUGAGUCACAAGAGAAUGCUGAGGAAUUGCAGUUUCCACUGUCAUAUUAUUACAUUGAAUCUUCACACAAUACUUACCUUACUGGCCAUCAGCUUAAAGGGGAAUCCUCGGUAGAGCUCUACAGCCAGGUUCUCUUACAAGGCUGCAGAAGUGUAGAAUUAGACUGCUGGGACGGCGAUGAUGGGAUGCCUAUCAUUUAUCACGGGCACACUCUUACUACUAAGAUCUCUUUUAAGGAGGUAGUUGAAGCGAUCAAUCGCAAUGCCUUUAUCACCUCUGACAUGCCAAUUAUCAUAUCCAUAGAAAACCACUGUUCUUUGCCUCAGCAGCGCAAGAUGGCUGAAAUUUUCAAGAGUGUAUUUGGAGAUAAGCUGGUAACAAAGUUUUUAUUUGAGAGUGACUUUUCUGAUGAUCCCAUGCUUCCUUCACCUGGCCAAUUGAAAAGAAAAAUCCUGCUUAAAAACAAGAAGCUAAAAGCUCAUCAGACACCAGUGGAUAUACUGAAACAAAAGGCUCAUCAGCUGGCACAUAUGCAAGCACAGGCUAGCAAUGGUGGUACUGCUAGCAAUCCCACAUCUACCAAUGAAGAGGAAGAAGAUGAAGAGGAUGAAUAUGACUAUGACUAUGAAUCUCUCUCAGAUGAUAACAUUCUUGAAGACCGACCUGAGAGUAAAUUAUCAAGUGAUAAGCUGCAGUUUGAAUAUAAUGAAGAGACUGCCAAAAGAAUAAAGAAAGCUGAUUGUGCUACUUACAGUAAUAAAGGAAAGGUUUAUGAUAUGGAACUGGAUGAAGAAUUUUAUCUUCCACAGAAUAAGAAGGAAAGCAGACAGAUAGCCCCAGAGCUAUCAGAUCUGGUCAUAUACUGUCAAGCUGUAAAGUUUCCAGGCUUGUCAACUCUAAACCCAUCUGGCUCUAGCAGAGGAAAAGAAAGGAAAAGCAGGAAGUCCAUUUUUGGCAACAGUCCUGGCAGACUAAGCCCUGGGGAGCCAGCAACUCUUGCCAGAGCAUCUGGAAAAGGUCCUUUUGAUGUGAUGCGGCAGACGUGGGAAGAUCCUUGUUCUUUUAAUUCACCAGCUUCUCUCAGUGCCAUCAUAAGGACACCUAAAUGCUACCAUAUCUCCUCACUGAAUGAGAACGCUGCCAAGCGGCUGUGCCGACGGUAUUCUCAGAAACUGAUUCAGCACACCACCUGUCAGCUGCUGAGAAUGUACCCUGCUGCCACACGCAUCGACUCUUCAAAUCCCCAUCCCCUUAUCUUCUGGCUCCAUGGCGUACAGCUCGUGGCUCUUAACUACCAAACUGAUGAUCUUCCUCUGCAACUUAAUGCAGCAAUGUUUGAAGCUAAUGGUGGCUGCGGAUAUGUUUUGAAACCUCCUGUUCUGUGGGAUAAAAGCUGUUCAAUGUACCAGCAAUUUUGUCCACUAGAAAGAGAUCUUGAUAACAAGGAACCAGCUAUAUAUUCUUUAACAAUUGUGUCUGGACAGAAUGUUUGUCCUAGCAAUAGCACAGGAAGUCCAUGCAUUGAAAUUGAUGUCCUUGGGAUGCCUCUGGAUAGCUGCCACUUCCGCACUAAACCCAUUCAUCGCAACACUCUCAACCCUAUGUGGAAUGAACAGUUUCUUUUCCGGGUUCACUUUGAGGAUAUAGUCUUUCUUCGAUUUGCAGUUGUUGAAAAUAACAGCUCAGCUGUAACAGCUCAAAGAAUCAUUCCACUAAAGGCUCUAAAGAGAGGCUACAGACAUGUCCAGCUACAUAAUCUGCACAAUGAAACAUUAGAAAUUUCAAGCUUGUUCAUAAACAGUCGGCGAAUGGAAGAAAGUCCAUCUGGAAACACUCUACCUGCAUCUAUGUUGUUCAGCACAGCCGAAAGGAGAGCUGCUGUGGCUUACAAAGUGACCAUUCAUGGGAUUCCAGGCCCUGAGCCUUUUACUGUCUUUACUAUAAGUGGGGGGACUACGGCUGCACAGCUUCUUCAUCAGCUCUUGGCUACCAAAGGCACUGAGUCAUGUGCCACAGACUAUUUUCUGAUGGAAGAGAAAAGCUUUAUAUCUAAAGAAAAGAAUGAAUGCAGAAAACCGCCAUUCCAGAGAGUAAUUGGUCCUGAAGAAGGGCUAGUGCAGCUUUUGAACAGCUGGUUCCCAGAAGAAGGAUAUGUUGGAAGAAUUAUCUUUAAAACCCGAGAGGAAAAUUUAAAUGAGAGAAACUUCUUUCAAGAAACAAAGGAAGAUGCAACCAUCAGCUCUGAGGAUGACAGUUUCUUUGUUCAGGUACAUGAUGUUUCCCCGGAGCAACCACGCACUGUCAUCAAAGCUCCCCGCUUUAGCACAGCUCAGGACGUCAUACAGCAGACUCUUUGCAAAGCUAAGUACUCUUACAGCAUUUUGAGCAAUCCCAAUCCAAAUGAUUAUGUCCUGUUGGAAGAGGUGACAAAAGAGCCAGCAAACAAAAAGUCCUCAACGUCUAAACCAUCUCAGAGGAUUCUCUCGGAUCAAGAGUGUGUGUUUCAGGCCCAAAGCAAGUGGAAGGGAGCAGGAAAGUUUAUCCUUAAGCUCAAAGAACAAGUUCAGGCAGCACGAGAUGACAAAAGAAAAGGCAUUUCCUUUGCCAGUGAACUCAAGAGGUUAACCAAGUCAAGUAAACAGUAUCGGGGAUUUGUAUCACCACCUCUGCAGGUCUUGCCAGACAGUCCACAGGGCAAGGAUGAAAGGUCUGCAUGCAGUCUCACUUUUAGUGACAUAAUGGAGUAAUAUCCACCACUGCCUAUGUACGGUCUGUUCAGGUUACUAUAAAGACCUAUCAUAAAAAAAAAACUGAAUUCAAGGAAAGCAAAGUAAAUCAUGGAAAGAUCCCAGAACAUUCCCUCUUCUUCUGCAUUUGUUCUUUUAUUUUGUUGAGAACUGGAAUUUACAUCACUGAAGCCUUCUACAGUGUCCUUGGAGAAACCUGCUGCGGUCUGAACUGGUCAGUAAUUGUGUGGCCUGUGCUACAGAAGCUCAACGCUGACACUGCUUCUGGAGUAACACACUCGCUCUGGGAAUGCCGAGUGGGAUGGUGUAGAUUGGAAAGGUGCCCGUCACCUAUCGGAAGAUUCCCUUCUUCCCAUUUAUUUUCACAUCUGCAGAUUCUCAAUAGGCAGAUGAAGCAGUUUUCCUGGACUGUAUGUUAUAAACAAACAUGUCCUGCCACCCCGCCUUUUUGUUUUAAACAAAAGAUAAUUUUAACUAGUUGCCUUAAGGGAAACUGAAUGCAGAGAACUAGAACCAGAGUGUUACGUGUAUUAUAUUAAAAUAAUGCACUUUUACCUAAAGAUUCCUGUUAAACACUGUGUUAAGUGAUUGUAAAGAGAUUUAAAUAUAUUGUAACUUUCCUGGUAUAUCAGUUUAACUUUGGUGAAUAUACACAAAAUGAUCAAAUUAUUUAUGGUUUAUCUACUUUAACAAAAUAAUGUACAAUAAUACCUAAAUACACCUAACUGGUAGUGAUCCUUUGACAAGGAACAGUAUUUUCUUCUUAUAAAUUUUAGUUUUCCAGACUUAUGUUUAAAGAAAGAAAGAAUAUUUAUUAUCAUGUUCCAAAGUCCUGUUGUAUAAUAUAUUUAUCAUAUACUACUUUUUAGAAACUGCAGAAUUUUCACCUCUCUCUGGCUUUAGAGGAAAAAAAUAUAUAAACUUUUCAGGUUGUUUCUUUUCAGCCAAAAAGUUAAUAUCUGAAACUGACCAAACUUAAAACAGUAAAAACAGUGUACUGAAAAAUGUAAUUAACAUUUCAAAUUCAAAGUACAUUUUUUGAUAAAUCAGAAAAUGUCUAUAGCUUUUUUUUUCUUUUUUUUUUUUUUUCCUGACUUGCCUCUCAAACCCAGAGAGUAUACGGAACUCUUACACUAUAACUCCUGAAGUUUUUGUUUACAUAGAAACACUGUUGUAAAGUUUUAUACAUGUUUGCUGAAUUUGUCUUUGGAAGUUUAAAUUAGUUAUGGCUGUCUUUUUUUUCCCCCCUCCAUGGGAGUUAUUGUUGUACUUAGUUAUUUAAAACAACCCAUACCAUUCCCCUCUGACUUCCCACAUGAACUGUAUCUAUCUGUGGUGAAUACAUUGCUCAACACAUGUUUUGUCUCCCUGUGAAACACCCUGAACAAAGCAUUUCAGUCACCUGGUGCAAGUAAAUGAAGUAGUUCCUGAAUAUAGGGAGUGACUCAGGCAAUCAGCAAUUCCACAGGAGCAUCAGCACUCAAGCACAAACAGCUGCUGCUGCCAGGGGAGAAGCUGCAUCAGGCAAAGGAUAGAAAAGCAAUGCGUUCAAAACGUUUUCUUUCGCUAGUCAGUGCAAGGAGAACAGGGAAACAAGUCACAGACAGUAGUCCUGUGACAGCCAAAUAAACAGAGAAAUAAUUACCGAAUAAUAAUAAUAAUAAUAAAAGAAAGCAAAGUUGUUAAUUGAUUUAUAAACAAGCAGGCAGAGCCUACAUUGUAUCACCAGAAACUAUGAAGUCUUCAAGUACAUGCUAGGGAAAUUCAUACAAGGUAAUCGUUACCAAAGCAGAAAGUGCCCCCUUGAGGUCAUUUCCAGCUUUCAAGAAAAACAACCACAGACUCUUAAGAAAAAUAAAAAAAUCAAAUCUCCUUGUGGCAUAUUGUGGAGGCCAUGCACUUCCCACUGCUAAUCUUCAGUACCAAUGGAGCAAAACAACAUUUUGCAAUUCAACAGUCAUUUUCCCACUCACAAAAACCCCCCAGCCACCUUCCAGCUCAUUCAUAAUACUGUAAUAAGGAAAGGACAGCUGUAGUUAAGUUACAUUGUGUAAAGCAGCUCUGAUACUAACCUGAAAUCUAGCUGCAAUUUGAAAAGCAAGUUUGUACUAUUUCCGCUAAUACAAUAAUUUUCUAGUUGCAGAAACAGUUUAUUAAUAGAGGUACCUGACAUCAGUCAAGGUAGCUGCUUUUGUUGUUUAUCACAGUGAAAGGAAACUAUUUGGCUUUACAGGCAUUUAGAGGUUUGUAUGGCUAAUUAUACUGUUCAAGUAUUUUCAUUAAUGUGCGUAUAUUAGUUAAUCAGUUUCAGAAAGAUUCUAGAUAUUGGUAAACAUCAGAGUAAAUUCUUUUUUGUUGGUGGCAUGCGGUUCAUUAUUGGUAAAGUUAGAAAGGAUUGCAGUAUCCAUUUGCAUCGGUUCCAAAUAUCCUAAAAAUGAAAAUACAACACUACUUAAAGCACUGAACAGAGGGGUUUUGUUAACGUUUGUGAAAGCCCAGUUAAACAGAUUUCAUGUGCUGAGUUAUUAUUCUAAUAGGAAAGUUUUAUCCUGCUUAUCCACAGAUUCUUAGGACAAGACUGACAAAGUAACUUUUGUGCCUUUCCAUACUUUUGGCUGGGCAUGGACAUCAAUUAUGAAAAAAAUACAUUCAUUUUUCACGCUACAAACUAUUUACAGGAAGCAGCGUCCAGGAUAAAGUUUGAAAGAAAGGAAUGUAAAUAAUCAACACCUUCCAGAAAUGUGCAGUCUCUGAGUGGUAGCAGGCCUCACUCCGAACAGUUUACAUGUGGAAAUCUCACACCCAGUUGCCUACGGGCCAUAGAGAAGUAUUUUAUUCUGUAUUAUUAUUUUCAAACCACUGUUUUCUACCAGUAUCUUGUAUUUCUCUGUGUAGCAUGUGCUGCAGUGCUCUGACUGCAUGGGACAAAACUUGGGCAGCUGUGGAUCCUGGCCCCACUGCAGCACUGUUCAGUUUUCAGGAACGGGAGGAUGCCAGGAGGUAAUCAGUAGAGUCCAAAGGGGUAUAUGGUUUUUUUAACUGUUAAAUUUGGGCUCACUAUGAUACAAAAAUACUGUUUCAUUUUUUAUUUUUAAAAUGUAGUCACUUUUUUAUCUUUAUUUCUGUGAAUAUUAAUAGAUGAAGUAUCUCAAUGGCCAUCUUUUGAAAGCAGUCUGCCUCUAGAGAUCAUUUUUUAAAGAAUUAAAGACUUUAAGAUGGAUGUUUCUAAAUACCUUAAAAACACAUCUUCUUAUAUUCAUAGUUUGCCUUUAAGAAAGAAGAACUUGCUGACAGAGUUACAUUCAGUAAAAGGCUGAUCUGCAGCUUCUGAAACUGAACUCUUCAUUCUGCUCUAGCUCUCCAUGCUGCUAAGCUUCAGCUAACAUUGUUUCUUCAUCACCUGGUGUUACUAGUCCACUAUAAAAUUCAGUUUACUUUCAGGGUAGCCCACUGAAUGUAACAAUGCUGGAGUUUUUUCUGACUGUGAUAAAUAUUUUCUAACUGCAAUAGUGCUAGAUGUUUGGCAAAAUUAGCAAAAUAAACACAAAAAUAAAUAGCAGUAAAUAGAUUUCUCUCCCAUACACAUAGGAUAUUUCAGAAUGACUUAAUAGUUGUGCAUGCCUCUUAAAGUAUGUCAAAGUAUUCUGACAAUGCAACAUCACUAUGUGCCAGUCUUCACAUUGUUUUGAAAUUAUGUAAAAUGUACAAUUUUAAAAGUGACUUUCCACCUGGAAUAUCUUCCUUCUGCUGACUUGAAGAAUAAACUUGUAUUUGUAUAUGUUGUAAAAAAAAAAAAUAAAUGGUUUUAAGAU